AUGGCCGCGCGACCGCGAGCGCACCCCGACGUGGCCCUGCCCCGGACGCUCCACGCUACACACCACGUCCCUAUCGGCGCGCGUGUCGUGAUCGUGGGCGACGUCCACGGCUGCCUCGACGAGGUGCACCUGCUCCUCGCUGCCUGCGCCUUCGCGCCCGCCCAUGACGUGCUCAUCUUUGUCGGCGACCUCGUCAACAAAGGGCCGCAGUCAGCCGAAGUCGUCCGGUUUGUGCGCACAACCGGCGCGCUCUGCGUCCGCGGCAACCACGACGACGCCGCUUUGAGCGCCUACUACGGUCGGCGGACCGGAACGCCGGAGACGUCCAUCGCCGCCUUUGACACGCGCUACGACUACGUGGCUGACCUCUCGCCGGACGAUAUUGCGUUUCUCGAGCAGCUCCCGUUCUCGAUCGCCCUGCCCGAGCUCGACACGCUGGUGGUGCACGCUGGCGUCGUCCCGAACAUCCCGCUCGAGGCGCAAGUGCCCCAAAACCUCUACAAGAUGCGGUACCUCAUUCCUCCGAGCUCGACUAAUGAAGCGUGGGCCGCGUCCGAGGCCAAGCCCGAGACAGGCGGGCUCUGGGCGCCGCAGUACAACGGUCCGCCAUUCAUUGUCUUUGGCCACGACGCCAAGGCCGGGCUUCAGGAGUGUGCGCAUGCUCUCGGGCUCGACACGGGCUGUUGCUAUGGCCGCGAGCUCAGCGCGGUGAUCCUUCCGGAGCGCCGUGUCGUGUCUGUGCCAGCGCUCAAGAUGCACUGCGUGCCCAAUAUUCCUCCGCCAACGCCGCAGUAA